CCCUGGCACAUGGGGGGGCGGGAGCGCGCGCUCCACAGCUAUCCCGUCAUCAGCAGUGCACGCUAGGAGUCGUGAACGCGCACCUGCGUUCCUUCAGCUAGCUGUUUUAGAGUGAUAAACUCGCACACAUCACAAAAUGGCGGAUUCUGAUUCGUGGGACGCGGACGAGUUCGAGCCGAAUGAGCCGCUGAAAACGGCGCCGGUGCUGCUGAAGGACCGGUGGGAGGGAGAAGACGAGGAGGACGACGUCAAGGAUAACUGGGACGAUGACGAUGAGGAAGAACAGAAGGUGGAGGAGAAAAAAACAGAGGUGAAAGUUCCAGAGAAGAAAAAACCGGGCGCUAAAAUCAAAGAGAAAGAAAAUGUAAAGGAGAAAAAACAAGAGGAGCUGAGGAAAAGGUUAGAAGAGACCCAGGAAGGUUCGCAGCUCACGCCUGAAGAGCAGGCAGCCGAGAAACUGCGCUUGCAGAAGCUGCAGGAGGAGUCGGACCUGGCGCUCGCACGUGAAGCGUUCGGUGUUGACACGACGACCACAAACAGUGCCUCGGGGAUUGAAGCCAUGUGUCCCUCCACUAAGGAAGACUUUGUAGUUUUUGAGAAGUUGAUCAGAGACAAGAUUACACUGUUUGAAAAGUCGGUGCAUUAUUCCAACUUUUUGGAGUCGUUGUUUCGGGAGCUCUGUAUUUCACUGGAACUAGACGACUUAAGGAGAAUCAACAAUUCCCUGUCAGUUCUUCUCACUGAAAAGCAAAAGCAGGAAAAGGAAAAAGCCAAAGGUACUAAGAAGAAAAAGAAACUCGUCCUUGCCGGCGGCGGUCUGAAAGCAAAAAUGAAAGACGCCUUUGAAGAUUAUGGCGACAUUGACGGCGGCUACAAUGAGUAUGAGGACUUCAUGUGACAAAGGCUGAAUCGCAUCUCCCUCGCCACCCCCCCCCCUCAAGACAUGCAGCAUCCCCCGUCUCUCAUUUUCUCUCAUCAUCAGUGCCAUCCUGGAGUAAACUGAACUAAACACUG